GUGUAUGUAAAGCGAGCUUAUCGUUAUCUUUUUCCCAAGCUUUUUACCGUUGCCGAAUGGUGGAAAGACACUUCAACUUGGAAAGACAUAGGACAUAGCAAGGGGAGGAAUAGAUAAUCGUGUAGAUAAUGAGUUUCGUUCUCCAAUAAUUGUGGCUGUACAAGAAUCAUAUAGCAACGACUCAGCUUCUUUGUCAACUUAUGGCUGCAACUUGUACUCGUUCAGCAUUUUCGUUUGCAUGCAAAAUCACAAUAAAUAAUUUGAAAUGCAGAUAUCUUCUUGGAUGCCAACUCAACCACACAUCCAAACUUUCCAUAAGCCAGGGGCCUAUAAAAGUCCUUUAUUUUGGUUCAGAUGAUUUUGCAAUUCCAACUUUGAAAAUGCUUCAUUCAAAAAGGGACGCCGGUCAGCUGUCUGAGCUGGCGGUCGUCUGUGUGAGGCUCAAGGCCGGUAAGACGGCCGCCCGCCGGUACGCCGAGCGGCACGGUCUUCCCGUGCUCGACUGGCCACCGACCGGCCUCACCGCCGGGAGGUACCACCUGGGCGUGGUGGCCUCCUUCGGACACCUGCUGCCGAGCAGACUCAUCGACCUGUUCCCUGUGGGAGUGCUGAACGUGCACGCCAGCCUGCUACCGCGCUGGCGUGGCGCGGCCCCCGUAGUGCACGCACUCCUGGCCGGCGACUCGGAGACUGGAGUCACCAUAAUGACGGUGAAACCGCACAAAUUUGACAUCGGCGACAUCGUGGCACAGGCGGCGGUGCCCAUCUCGCCGACGGUCCACGUGCAGCAGCUGACUGCCGAGCUGGCGCAGCUGGGCUCGGAGCUGCUGGAGCGCUGUAUGGAGGACAUACCGGCCGCGCUGGCCGCCGCCCGUCCCCAGACAGAGGAGGGCGUCACACUCGCGCCUCGCCUGACGCCGGCCGACUACCGGGUGGACUGGGACCGGCCGGCGGCCGCCGUGCUGCGCCAGAGCCGCGCCCUGCCCGGCCCGCUGCUGACCGCCCUCAGCGGCCGGCGCGUGCGUCUCCUGGCGCUGUCCGAGCCCGAGGCGCCCGCGGGGCCGCCGUCCGGCGCUGCAGCGGCGCCCGGCCGGCUGACGCGGCGGCGGCGCGCGCUGCUGGUGCGCUGCGCGGACGGCUGGCUGGCGCUGGACCGGCUGCAGCUGCAGGGCAAGCCAGUGAUGAGUGGCGAACAGUUCUGGAACGGCUACCUGAGUGGAGCGGCCGACGACCAGCGCUGCUUCGACCGGUGACGGCCGGCCGGCAGUGGCCCGACCGACCGACCGGCCGGCUAGUGCAGAUACCACUGUGAUAUGAGACGGGCGCCAGCGGCAGGCGGGCUGGGUUCAGCUACUAGUCUGCGGUGCACCGCCAGCUACGUGCAACUUUGUUAUGGUGUUUUAUAAGCUGUUGGCAUACGAGAACGCGAUUCAGGGCGAAAUAUCGUUGAAACGGAUUUUGAUUUCUGUUCUAUUAGUUGAAUGACAGUCUUUCUUAGAACUUCUGAAGUCUAUUCGAUGUUCGGAAAGUGAUUCAAGUAUAUGAGUGUUCGGUUCUACCAGCGCUCUUGCAAUGGGCUCUCGAUGUUUGGUUUCGGUCGACGCCGGCGCAAUACCUCAGUGUUUUAUGUGGAUUAGAUAUUGAUACGUUUUCGUGUCAUGUUUGUGGAACUGUGAAACUGCAGACCGACUCAGUCAACGAGACGUGUCCGCAUGAAAUGGAGCGGAUCUUCAGUGUGUGAAGCGCCAGCUGCGUGUUUAUACUGCGUGAUGAAUGAAGAGCUUAAUAGAGCUUGAAUCAAA